GCCCAGUUGCAAGAAUGAAACAUUAUAAUGAAAACUGCUUAUUGGGAGAACAUGAUGUGGAUGAAGAUGUGGAUAUGUCUGAAGAACAAUGUGGAUCAACUGGAUCCCAUUUAACCAUAAGAGACUUUGACUGUCUAUCCGCAACAACUUCAGAGUCAUCCGUUGGUAUUUUUAGCAGCAGUGCUGCACCUAAACGCAUUUCAGACAACAAAAUAUCAUCAGUAGCAAGCAAAAGCUUUCAAUCAUCGAGUAAAACCACCACCAUGGAUGGGUUUGUAGCAAGGACCAGCAAAUACCAACAAGACACCAUAGAUGAAAAGAUUGCUCGGUUCAUUUAUGCCACAAAUUCUCCUUUUCGCAUUGUUAACAAUAAACACUUCAUUGACAUGGUCGAGUCCUUACGACCAGGCUACACUCCACCUGGUAGAGCAGACAUUGGUGGAAGGUCGCUAGAUACAGUGUAUGAGAAGGAACUUGAACAGUGUGCAAGAAAUACUGAGGGGAAAUUCGCCAGUUUAAGCCUUUAUUGGUGGAGCAAUGUACACAAUGAUCCAGUAAUAUGUGCCUGUGUGACAACAGAAGAUGGGGUUGCACAUCUUUCAGAAACAAUAGAUACAUCAGGAAAUGUCCACACAGCAGAAUAUUUAAAACAAGUGGCAGUGAAAGCUGUAAUAAACUGUGAACAAAAAUUCAACUGUCACAUGCACAGUUUUGUCACAGACAAUGCUGCAAACGUGGCAAAGAUGAGAAGAUACUUAAAAGAAGAAAGGGAAGGAUGCUCCUUAAUAACAUAUGGCUGCAGUGCCCAUUUAAUGCAUCUUUUAGCCAAAGACGUAAGUACUUCUCCAGGAAUAAAAGAAAAUAGAGAUUGUUGCUGCAUUGCUGAUGCUGUCAAAGUUUGGAAGGCACUUCAAGAGACAUUGAAGAAAGAAAUACCAAACCAGAAAGUUAAACUGCAGGCAAUAAAGAAGUGA